AUGAAUAAUUCACCUUCUUCUGUCAAUAGUCUUUUAUCAAAUUUAAAAUCAACAAUUGAAUUAUUAAUUCAAUUUCGAGGUGAUUCACUAACAACAAAAUAUGGUGCCAUUGAAAGACUUCGAUUGGUUAUUUUGGCUAUUCUAACACAUAGUCUCAAACAAAAUACACAUGAUAUCUAUGAACAAUUAUGGCAAUUAAUUGUUCGUUUAAAUGCAAAUUCUCAGCGAUAUAUUCAUUUAUUACAAGAUAUAUAUCAUAAAGAAAAUAUUCGACAAUCUGUUGAACAAUGGAUUGAUCAAUCGGUUAUAAGUCAAUGUUUAUCUCAACAACUAUCAUGUGCUGAACAUGAUAAUGAUUUAUUCGAACAAUAUUAUUAUCGUAAAUGA